GCAUGUUUGACAAAUCACUAUUUAAAGGCGGCUGUCAAAAUGGAUCACGUUGGCGCUGGCGAAUUGCAUAGCGACACACAGGUUCUGCUCGAAGCGUUAACUAGUUUAAGUGUUCCAGAAAAUGUAGAGGAAAUCACAGUGCUCUUAAGAAAACUCCGCUUGGAGGUGACCAAAAGCAGCAGCCAUCAGGAAACCUUCGCAAAUUUUGUUGUUGCAACAAGUUUUUUGGAAAAUGUGGCUUUUAAUCCGGCAAUGCGAAUAGAGCACUCGUCUCUUCAAUAUUUGACCCUACAAGUUCUAGCUAACAGCGUGGUAAACAAUGAGACAAGUCAGGCACUUAUCUGGAAGAGACAUGGCCACCAAAUAUCACAGCUGGCAUAUACCCCGCCUUUGGACAAAUGUACUAAUGUUUUGCUAAUGAUUAUGUACAACAUUUUUUUAAGGGACUCGCAAUUGAUUAGUGAACAUGACGCACUUCAAACGUCAGUGCGUCUUUGGGAAGCCAUUAAGAAAACCCAAUCUAAGGAAAAUUUUGAGUACUUACAUUUCUUCCUGGAGCAUUUCCUAGUCCAGAACGGACGUGCUUGUGUUACCUGCUAUCAGCGACUGAGCACGGAAGAGAGAAUAGUUUUUCUAGACUAUGUGGUUCAUUAUCUAAGGGAAAACAGCCCCAAUGGCGACCUGACCACAUUUUUGAUGCAGCAUUUUGCCAAGGAGUUUCGCUUGAAAUCGGAUUGUCUGCUAAGGGAAACAUUAAAACUUAGCAAUGAACUUCAUCCUCAUGAGGUCCAUAGUUUACUAGAAAUUCUUGCAAGUGCAACCGGUUCGGAUAAAUAUGCUCAAAUCUAUGAAAAGGAUCAAUCGCUAUUCAUAAAUGUCAGCAGUUUACUACGUUGUCUUGUUGCUGCUGGAAAACAGCCGGAUGGCGGGGGCCUAGAUAAACCACUGACCAAGCUCGAGGAGGUAGCACCAACCUCCAAUGCCAUGGAUACAGAUUAUGAGCAUAGGGCUUCCUAUGAACUAAAAACUCUGCUUGUACGUUGCACGGCCAAUUUACUAUACGAAAAUCAGGCAAACAAGGGCUACGCUCUGGAUACACAACUGAUGCCCACUCUGCUCGAAUGUACAACAAUGGAUGCCCGGAAUCCCUUGAUGCGGGAAUGGAGCAUUUUGGCCAUACGUAAUGCUUGCAUCAAUUGCCCAGAGGCUCAAGCGGUUAUCGCUGGUCUAACGAAGCAGGGAAAUGCUCCAAAUGAUAUAUUAAGUGAACUAAAUCUAGAUAUGGGAGCCCUGCGCAUUUCGGAUAGACAACGAACAACCACUGACCGUCCAACAAGUGGUUAGGCGUUUUUCACACAACGUCAUUCGCACACACAAACACGGACACAGACACGUACACGCAACCAAUUCCCAAACAUUUGGCCCCAAAUAAUGCGCUAAUGGGCAUGCCAAAAGUUUAGCCAGCAUUCAUAAGCGCGCGUUGUCAACAUUUAAUGGCGGAGCGUUAUAAAAAUAGCUGCCCACGUACCGUUAAAAGCGGCAAGAAACAACAAAAAUAAACAUACUGAAAAGUUGAGAAAAACAAAAAGAGAUUCCUAAAUACAUCAACUUCUAAAUUUAUGCAUGUUCUGGCGCUACCCAAUAGAGUUGUGUUGAUUUUACUUCGGAAUACACUUCUUUUGGGUACAUUCAUUUUACAUUGAAACAUUCAAUUUUUAAACUCCACUUAUGUGUAAUAUCUGUGAUUGAAGCCUUUUCACUCUAUAAACUUGUUAAUAUAAAGUACAUACAUAUAAAUUUCCGUUUAUCUGCUCGUCUGUAUAAACAUCUGGAUCUCGGAGACUAUAAGGCACUAGCUAUUAAAUUCAGAAUGAAGACUCGACGAAUUCUUCUGUUUCAGGUUCUCUUCCUCUUCUGCAAAAACGAAUUGCAAAAAAUAUUUAUGUAUCAAUCUAUAGAAAAGGAAACUAAUUCGCAAAAACAAAAAAAAAAUACGAGUCAUCCUACUAUCAAUAAGAUAUUAGUGGAACGUUUAAUGUUAUGAUGAUAAUGAAAAACAAAUCGACCAAUUUCAAAAAAUAUUUUAUUCUUCAAUAAAACUAAUCCGUUUGACAGGAAAUUCGUUCCAAGUGUA